AUGAAGAAGUUUGAUACAAAUUGUAGCAGAUCUGUUGAAUUCAAUAUACAUUGUAAGAACAUAGUUAGAAGAUUUUUUAUUAAAGCCUUAGCAAUUUUUACAAAAUGUCACCUCUCGCCCAAAUUAAAGGGAUUCCUAUUUUUUAGUGAAAUUUCUAUCGUUACUGUCUUAUUAUGGAUAUUCCACUACAACAGUUCAGUGGCCACUGUUGAAAUAUGGAGUCCAAAGGAAAAUCACAUCUGUGAGUGGCUAAUUUGGAAGCCCAGUAGAUUGCUAAGUAAAGAAGAAAUAGCAACUAAGGAAAAUCAUGGAUACUCGAGAAAAAACAUUGCCCAUUUGUUAGAGUUGGACGAAGAGAGCAUUGAAGAACAUUAUGAGUCAUUAAUGUGUGAAGGUUUCAACAAGAAUAGCAUUAAAUGGAAAAUAUUUGGGAAGUACACACCUCAAGUGGAAAAAAUUAUGAACAAAAUAAAUAGAACGAUUGAUUUAGAAUUAAUCCAUGCCUUAAAAUCAGAUUCUUAUAAUGAGGGAAAUGAUUUGGCUUCUGUAAAGGAAUCAAAAAUUGAGCGGAUAAAAUCGUUCUUUUGUAACCAUUUCUGCUGUUUUGUUAGUCAUUUUUCUGUUUAUAUUAACAAUAGUUACUUUCAAGAAAAUACAAAAAUGCGCCUACAUUAUGGAAAUGAACAGAAAAUUAAAGAAGAAUUAUCUUGGUUUUAUGGAGUAUUAGGUUGUCACCUCUCUGAAGGCUACCUUCAAAAAAAUUAUAAUCCUUGCAAGUCUUUGCAUUUAAUACAAUAUUUGGAAUACGCUUAA